UUAAUAAAGAAACAUAUGAUGCCAUCAUAACGAUGGUAAAAGGCUUUAUGAUCAGCGAGACAACAAAGUAUUUGGCUAAAUAACAACGUACUAAAAUGUAUUAUUAACAUUGGAAACAAGAAUGUCCGAUCCGAGGCUUGCAUAUAAGUGAUGGACAUUUCCAAUUCAAAGCGCCAUGGUUUUCUCUCGAGCUUCUUGCCCUGCCGCGUUGCUAUGGACCUGUUCAGCACUUGUACUGUGCACACUGCCACGGACAGUGUGCUUGGUAAUACACUGACAUAUUUCCUACAUACUGUUCAUGGGAGAAAAAUUUCGAUUGCUGUCCUCAGUCAAACUUCCACCUUGGGCGAUAACUGCAAUGCAACGAUAGAGUGGAAGCAAUUUCUGGCAGUUUCGGGUUAUGACAGACUCCUUCCCACACGCUUCAGGAACAAAGGGGAAUUUGAGCACAAAAUGAACCACUUCCUAAGACGCGGUCUUAUCUUGCCACCACCUGCAGAAGGCUUUUCCAGGAACAUUGGUACACCACUC